AUGUCUCAUCGUUACAAUUUUGUCGAUCCCUUUCUCAAUGCAAGCGACUUCCAAGCUCCUGCUGAGCGAGUUGCUGUACCUAGUCCCUAUGCUGCCGUUCCAUCCAAGGACGAGGUCGACAACCUUACCCAUGCCGUACCGCUCGUCAUCAAGCGCGGAUCGGACUCGUCAGUGGCGACCCUCCCCAUCGAAGGCCAAGGCACCAUCGCCGUCUCCACCAACGCGAAGGCCGGCCUCCGCAUCGCCGUCAACACCCCGGAUAGCAGCAAGCCGACACUUUUCUUGGAUGUGACGACGGACCAUUGUGGUUUCUCGUACGGGAAAGACUCCGUCGUCCUCGGAUCUACGCCAACGCCGAUUCCCGCGGUCGCGCUGAAGGGUAUUGCCGCAUGCUACCUCCUUCCUGACCAGCAGACCACGUACUGGCUAUCAGUCGACCGCCCGAACGGAGUGAUCAGGUACGGCAAGUACUAUCUAAGCACGAACCUCGCGCUCCUAGAGGCUACGCUAAAGGUCAAGAACGAUCAAGGCGUCAUGGUGUGGUCUGACCCCAAGUGGAACUGGUUGGAUGACCUGAAGAACGUGGUGGUUACCCAGGUUGGUGGCGAUGAGACAAAGCGAAAGGUUGCUGUCCAGCCAUUGCCGCUCGUGAACGACCUCCCGCCAUACAUCGCUCCCAGCGAUGCUGUGUCGAUGUCCGACCUCGAGACAGGUGUCUGCACAGUAGUUGGGAAUCUCCCGCCGGAGUGCCAGCGGCUGUAUGCGAAUGUUGCCGGCCCGAAUAUCUUACUGAACACGCCUGACUUUCCUGAUUUCGGCGCUGCGAUCGAGCAUAGCGUUAACACGAAGGGAUGCCUCGGCUACAAGCUGCUGGAGAAGAAAGCGGAUGAGUUUGGGAAGAAAGAUUUCACGGGGACAUACCUACGCAUCACGAUUGGAAGAGAUAUGGGAGACUCCCCGGGAAUCCCUUACGUGCUAGAGAUCUGGCCCGCAGGCCACUACAGCCCAAUUCAUGACCAUGGCGACGCUUUCGCCGUAAUAAAAGUGUUGUAUGGCUCGAUCCACGUAUACUACUUCGACUCCCUUGACCCGCCCGGGCCACAGCAUAUCGCGAACCCCGCGGUGCUCAAGGCGGGAGAUAUCACCUGGCUGUCAAGCCAACAGUACCAGAUUCAUCAACUGCGCAACGAGUCGCCACACGGAGCAGUGUGCUGCACGCUCCAGUGUUAUCAGUAUGGGAAAGACGAUUCGGUGCACUAUGAGUACUUCCGGUACAAGAGCACGGAUCCCAAGGGCGAGAAGAAGGACUUCCAACCGAAUAGCGACAUGCCAUUCGGUGAGUUCAAGCGCGCGAUCGCGAUAGAGUGGGAGAAGUAUAAGAGUGGGCAGGGGCCGUAA